AUGGUCGGAGGAGCUGUCAUCUCGGCCAACCCGCUGAAGCUCGACAUCCUUAGUCACAAGAAGUGUGUGGCCAUUUGCGCGAUUGCAACGAUCAGUACAUUCCAAUAUGGGCUCGACUACUCGCUCGUCGGUGGCUUCAUGGCCAUGCCGGGCUUCUUGGAGGUGUACGGUUACUAUGACGAUACCACGGAGGCGUGGGCAAUAGACCCUACCGUGCAGCGUCUCAUCUCAUCCCUCAUGACCAUCGGCACCUUCGUCGGCUCCCUCAUGGUCGGCCCCUUCAGCAGCUUCAUGGGCCGCAAGUUCGGACUCUGGGGAGCCACCAUCCUCAACUUCAUCGCCACCGCGGUCAUGCUGGGCACCACGAGCGUCGGAGCAUUGUACGCCGCUCGUCUGAUCCUUGGUGUCUCUGUCGGCUGGUUCCUCACCUUCUCCCAACUCUACGUCCACGAAGUUGCUCCGGCCCAUUUGCGUGGCAUCACAUUCGCUGUCUACCAGGCACAGCUCUCGAUCGGCUCCAUCGUGGGCGCAUCCGUCGACUUCGGCACGGCGGGCAUCAUGAACAAGAACGCCUACCGCAUCCCACUGGCGGUCUUCUUCGCUGCACCAACCAUCCAGUCCAUCUGCUUGUUCUUCUUCCCGGAGACUCCGCGUUGGCUGGUGGCCCAUGGCAAAGAAGCAGAGGCCGAAAAGUCUCUGCGCAGCUUGCGGAACUCAAACAUCGACGAGCAUGAGUUUCAGGCCGAGUUCAACGAGAUCCGCCUGUCCACCCGAGAGCAGGUCGAGCAGAACAAGAAGGCGCUGUUCCUGGAGAUGUGGCGAGGCACCAACCUGCGACGUACCGGUCUUUCGAUUGCCGUCAUCUGCUUCCACGCCGCCAACGGCUCCUCCUGGGUCAACAUCUACACCACCUACUACCUCUCCAUCGCCGGCGUCUCCGACCCCUUCGCCUACUCUUUGAUGGUCACCUGCAUGGGUCUGCUCGGCGUCAUCAUCAGCACCCUCUACGUGCGCGUCAUCGACCGCCGCGUCAUCAUGCUCGUUGGUGUCCUGGCCUGCGGUUUCUCCCAGCUGGCGCAAGCCAUCGCCUGGACCGUCGCUCCCAACACCAAGGAGUCCGGUCAAGUCAUCGUAGCCUUCAUUUGCCUCUUCACCUUCUUCUACGUCGCUUACGCCCCCUACGCCUGGCUCCUCGGCGGCGAAUACCCCAACUCCGCCCUGCGCGGCUACGUCUUCGGCGUCGCCACCGCCCUCAACUUCCUCGGCAACUGGCUCGGCACCUUCACAGCCCCUUACUUCAUCAACCCGCUCGACCUGGACUGGGGCCCCAAGUACGGCUACAUCUGGUUCGGCAGCAACAUGAUCCUCGCGGUGUUCACCUGGUUCUACAUCCCCGAGACGCGCGACCGGACGCUCGAGGAGAUUCACGAGAUGUUUGAAGCGAAAGUGCCGGCGAGGAAGUUUAAGACGUAUGUCUGUACGGGGGUUGAGGCGUAUGCAGCGGAGGGCGCGGGGAAGGACCAUUUGGAGGAGAGGGAGAAGGGGGCUGUGAGGGUGAAUGAGACGGAGGAGAGGGUUUAG